UCAAUGGGCUAGGUUGCUAACAACGUCAGUCUGCCAGAUUCCCUGCGUCUACCAGUCCCACCACGGGUCCAUUUGGGAUCCUCAAACAGAACAUCCCUUAGAGACGGGAUCCAGGCAAGCCAUUAAGAUAGAGCCCGUGGCCCGCUCGGAGGACAGACGGUCCUCAGGUCUGGGAAAGGGGGGAGGGAGGGAAGGAGGCUGAAGAAGCAAGCGCGGCUGCGGGAAGACACAAAAGCUGGAGCGACUCUUCUCCCCCCACCCCCCUCCCCUCCACCCCCCGCUUCCGCCCCUCAACCCUUGCAGCUCAGGCUUUGAAAGCUGAUUCCCCGUUCUGAAUGGAAACUCUGAAGUGCCAGGCACCUUCGUCCUUGCCUCGCCUCCAGGUCCAUGCCGAGAGGAAGGCUCAGCGAUCUGCCCGCGCCAAGCUGCCCCUGCAGGGGCUGAGAUGCUGCUGAAGCCAACUUGAUAUCCUCCGUCCGCGCCCGUAGUGGGAGCGAUGCUGCAAAGCACAGCGCCCGCUCGCUCAGCUCUCCUUCAAGCUGAAGGUUAUCAGCCGCCCCGGCCGUCGCUGCUGCUGUGAGCGCCCAAGGAGAGGGACUCUGGCCGCCUCCUUGGCCGCGGUCCUCGGCGCGGUGAGGGAAUAGCUCUGGCCGCGCCAGCUGGGGAUCCGGGCAGCCCAGCCGCAGCUUCGGCUUGGUGGAUGUGUCUGCAUGAGUUCUGCACCGAAUGGGCGCAAAAAGCGCCCGGGCCGCUCCACUCGCUCCUCGAUCUUUCAGAUCAGCAAGCCGACGCUGCCGAGCGGGGACUGUGAGCGCAGGGGCAGCGGCUCCGAGAGCGCCCACAAGACUCAGAGAGCCCUGGACGACUGCAAGAUGCUUGUCCAAGAAUUCAAUACCCAAGUGGCCCUGUAUCGAGAGUUAGUCAUUUCUAUUGGGGAUGUCUCAGUCAACUGUCCAUCUCUAAGGGCGGAAAUGCACAAGACCCGAACCAAAGGCUGUGAGAUGGCCCGGCAGGCCCAUCAAAAACUUGCUGCAAUCUCAGGCCCUGAAGAUGGUGAGAUACAUCCAGAAAUCUGCAGGCUUUACAUCCAGUUGCAGUGCUGCUUAGAAAUGUACACCACAGAGAUGCUAAAAUCCAUAUGUCUGCUAGGAUCUCUUCAGUUUCAUCGGAAAGGAAAGGAGUCUGGAGCGGGGAUCAAGAGUCCAGAAUGCAAAACUGAAGAGGGUCCAGAAGUCCCCAUUCUAGAAGAUACGCUAUCUUCACCAGUAGACAUUCAGCACCAUUCAUGGCAGGUUUCCACGGAUAUUGAGAAUACGGAAAAGUUCUUAUCCCUGAGGGCCUUUUUGACCUCUAGAAGUCGAGACAUGCGAGAAAUGAAAAACCUUUUAAGCAAACUCAGGGAGACUAUGCCUUUACCAUUGAAAAAUCAAGAUGACAGCAGCCUCCUGAACCUGACUCCUUAUCCUCUAGUUAGAAGACGGAAGAGAAGAUUCUUUGGUCUGUGCUGCCUCAUCUCAAGCUAGACAAUUUCCAUUAAAACUCCCCCAAGAAAGCCAGAUCAUCAAAGAAACAGAUGUCAUUUGCAUUUCAGAUGGAUAAACCACACAGUUAUUGGUUAUGACUAUGUUUUCUAUACUUCCCUCUUAAUUUUCUUUCUUCCCUUUUCAAGAGUUUUACACUUUAAUUAAUAUCAAGAACCAGAGAGAGAACAGAUUCAAAAUGGAGGGUGUUUUUAAAAGGAUUUUUUAGAUGACCUAGUGCAUGUCUGCUCUAAACCAUACAAUGACUAGAUGCAAGAAUUAUGAUUUUAAAGUUAUUCUAAGUUUUUUAUGUAUUGUAUAAAUUUCAAAUGAUUUCAUGUACAGUAGCAUAAUUAUAGUUCUUACUAGUUUCAUGUUAAUACUUUAUCAUAUAUGAAAGAGUCUUUAAACAUAGAAAUAUAUUUAAAAUUACAAAACCGUGUUCAACAUUAUUAAAUCACUAGAAGUAAUAUUGUUAAGAGAACU